CUCACGCCGGCUGCAAUGUGGCUUCUACUUCAUGUCGUCCUUCUGACGGAGGUCAAAGAUUUCACACUGGCUGGCAGCAAUAUGGUGGCUCCUCUGUGCCCAAAAGGGUAUUUCCCCUGUGGGAAUCUCACCAAGUGCUUACCCCGAGCCUUUCACUGCGACGGCGUGGAUGAUUGCGGGAACGGUGCGGAUGAGGACAACUGUGGUGACACUAGUGGAUGGACGACCAUAUUUGGCACAGUCCAUGGAAAUGUCAAUAAAGUGACAUUAACAGAGGAGUGCUUUCUCAGCCGGUACCCACAGCACUGUUACUGCAGAGAAAAUGAACUGGAAUGCGUAAACGCCGACUUAAAAGCUGUGCCAAAGGUUUCCAGCAACGUAACAUUACUGUCUCUUAAGAAAAACAAAAUUCACAGACUUCCAGUCAAGGUUUUCAGCAAAUACACAGAACUCAGAAAGAUAUACCUCCAGCACAACUGCAUCACACACAUCUCCAGGAGAGCGUUCCUUGGAUUACAUAAUCUACAGAUACUGUAUCUCAGCCAUAACUGCAUUACCUCUCUCAGGCCUGGGAUAUUCAAAGACUUGCAUCAGCUCGCUUGGCUAAUUUUAGAUGACAACCCAAUCACCAGAAUCUCACAGAGGUCCUUUACUGGAUUAAACUCCUUGUUUUUCUUGUCCAUGGUGAGUAACCGGCUGGAGGCCCUUCCUGAAAGGCUGUGCGCCCAGAUGCCUCAACUCAACUGGGUGGAUCUGGCGAACAAUGGGAUAAAGUUCAUAACGAACUCCACCUUCCUGACGUGCGACUCGCUCACGGUUCUGUUUCUGCCUAGAAAUCAAAUUGGUUUUGUUCCAGAGAAGACAUUUUCUUCAUUAAAAAAUUUAGGAGAACUGGACCUGUCUAGCAAUGUGAUAGCAAAACUACCAGCCCACCUUUUCAGCGACCUUCACCUUCUCCAAAAGCUGAACCUGUCGUCCAAUCCUCUUCUGUAUGUCCACAAGAACCAGUUUGGAAGUCUCAAACAACUUCAGUCUCUAGACCUGGAAAGGAUAGAGAUUCCAAACAUAAACACCGGAAUGUUCCAGCCCAUGAAGAACCUUUCUCACAUAUAUUUGAAAACCUUUCGGUACUGCUCCUAUGUUCCCCAUGUCCGAAUCUGUAUGCCCUCGACUGACGGUAUAUCUUCAUCUGAGGACCUCUUGGCUAACAGUAUCCUCAGAGUGUCUGUCUGGGUUAUAGCUUUCAUUACCUGCGCUGGGAAUUUCCUCGUCAUAGCCGUGAGAUCUCUCAUUAAGGCUGAGAAUACAACUCACGCUAUGUCCAUCAAAAUCCUUUGUUGUGCCGACUGCCUGAUGGGGGUGUACCUGUUCUCCGUGGGCGUCUUUGACAUCAAGUACCGAGGGCAGUAUCAGAAGUAUGCGCUGCUGUGGAUGGAGAGUGUUCCCUGCCGCCUGCUGGGCUUCCUGGCCACGCUGUCCACAGAGGUCUCAGUGCUGCUGCUGACAUUCCUGACCCUGGAGAAGUUCUUGGUCAUCGUAUUCCCUUUCAGCAACCUGCGCCUGGGCAAGCGUCAGACCGCCGUGGUCCUUGCCAGCAUCUGGGUGGCGGGAUUUCUCAUAGCGGCCGUUCCCUUCACCAGCGAGGAUUAUUUUGGCAACUUUUAUGGGAAAAACGGAGUCUGCUUCCCACUUCAUUACGACCAAGCAGAAGAUUUUGGAAGUAGAGUGUACUCCCUUGGGAUUUUCCUAGGCGUGAACUUGCUGGCUUUCCUCGUCAUCACGUUCUCCUAUGUCACCAUGUUCUGCUCCAUUCAGAAAACAGCCCUCCAGACUGCAGAAGUGAGGAGCCACAUCGGGAAGGAGGUGGCUGUCGCCAACCGGUUCUUUUUCAUCGUGUUCUCUGACGCCAUCUGCUGGAUUCCUGUGUUUGUCGUUAAAAUCCUGUCUCUCCUUCAAGUAGAGAUACCAGGCACAAUCACUUCCUGGAUCGUGGUUUUUUUCCUUCCGGUAAACAGCGCCUUAAACCCCAUCCUGUACACUCUCACCACCUCCCUUUUUAAGGACAAGUUGAAACAGUUGCUGCACAAACAUCGGAGGAAAUCCAUUUUCAAAGUUAAGAAGAAAAGUCUAUCCGCUUCCAUUGUGUGGACAGACGACUCUUCACUUAAACUUGGAGUGUUGAACAAGAUAGCCCUCGGGGACAGUAUAAUGAAGCCGGUCUCCCCGUAGUGGUUUUGGAUCUCUGGACUUUGAGGGUACUACCUAAAACAAGGUGCAAUUGGGGGAAGAUGGCAUCUGAGACGGUUUCCAUCUUGGCCAGCAGACACCUGUUCAGCACCAGGGACACAGUGCAACGGCUGUUGGCCCCGCAUUCCGGGUGACAGCUCUAUGACCUGUGGACCAAGCUGAGAAUAGCAUCACAAGCCUCUCCUUCCUGCCAGCCCAGACCUGGCACGCACAAGCAAAUCCAUGUAGACUGCUACAUGGUGGAUCUCCAGGUAGUCAGCACUGCGCGCCUAGCCCCGGGGUGCCCGCAUGUAGCCACCGCCAUGGCCUUCUCUUACAUCACGUUGCACUGUCUGUUAAGUAUGGGCAUCCGUGACAUCUUAUUCCAGUGUGACCAUCACGACACAAAAUGAACAUCUUUGUCACCACACUUUCGGUAGCGAAUGAAACCAUCAGCCUCUUAUUGGUACUUUUGACAGUAUCUGCAGGGCUCUGGAAUAGCAACUUUGAACGCAGUUCCUCACACCAGUUUAUCAUGACUAGCAUGACCAGAUGAGCAGAAGGCAUGCUGUGGGAGCCUAGAGCCGGUUGCCUCUUGGCCUAUUUAAGCUCAGAAAAGCUGAGAUCUUAGACGUUUUUUUAAAGGUACCCACGGAGCAAAGGAAAUCAGAAACUUGAACUUCCCCAAAGAGUUAUCAUUCUCAAAUGCUUUAGAACAAUAUUUCUAUUGCUGGUAAGUUCUCUUCUCAUUUAGCACAGAGACAAGGAGAGUUCAAAGGUGACACAGGAUGAUGGGUCUGAUCUGGGGCCAUUCGCUCAGUUGCACAAAUUCCCCCCAGUCCCACACAGAAAUGCCAGAAGCGCUGGCUUUGUUUUUUGAAAGUGAAAAAUGUUUAUGAAGACUUGGACACUUUUAUACUGAAAGUUUAUAAAUGUAGGGGGAAGAAUACUAUGAAUAAAUUUAUAUUUUGCA